AUGUUGGGCACAGACCUCCUUCUUCAUCGCAUCUCUCAAAGCUUGCUCAAGCUUUUGCGUCAUGUACGAGUAGACCUCGUGUUUCAACUGUUUGACACCAUCCGCCGAUUCAUGACCGAUGCGCGCCCACUAAAGCAACGUCAUUGCAAGGAUAUUGAUCCAUACCGAGGCGGAGAGACGGCACCGUGGUUUUCAUUGUGGCAGCCAACACCUUGCGCCCAGCCCUCUGUCGAUUGCGGCGCGGCUCUGUGCGGGUGCUCGCAACAGAAGGGUCUGCACGUCAUCGCACCUCCGCCGCUUGCGAUUGUCAAGUCACUGGCUCGCACCAAUGUUGGCGGCUCCUCGUGUGCAUCAAGCUCUUGUUCAAGCCCGGUAUUUCAACCAGCACAGGCGCGCACACUGCGUCAACCGUGCAUGGACGUCCGUGGUGUGACAAACGAUCGAAACCUCUACCGUCAUUUCGAUGGGACCCCCCUCGUCGUCGACGCCUACAUGACGUUUGCUCAGGCCACCUUGAGUAGCAAUACGGAGGGUCCAGGAUGCCUGGCGGGACUCGCGAGUCCGUACGGCCUUACGGCGGAGCCGGGCUAUCUUACCCCCGAAACCGAAAGUCUGGGCCCAACCGAAGCAAGGGGAGUGCAUGUUUCAUUAUGGCCAAUGUCUGCAAAUGAAGUGGACCGUUAUGGUCGGGAGGUUCGCGAAGAACACGCCGUGGACCAUUGCAUCCCACGCCUCACACUAGAAUAUCCCAACCACGAGUCAGAGACCCCUAUUCCUUCGGGCUGGAAGCUAUGCAUCCACCCCCAAGGAAGUCCGUACUACUUUAAUCCCGAGACGAGGACACUCACAGAUGUCGACAUCUGCCUGGGGGGCGUUCACGAAGAUAUUUUGUGGUAUUCACACCAUUUGUGGAGGAUGCUCAUGGAUGCUCUUGAGUCGACAGCAGAAAGCACGGUGAUUUUGAACGAGUGUCAGCUCGUCAUUGAGCCGAAGAUCGGCAGGGAAGGUCAGGUGAUUGGUUGCUAUUACUUCGUCAACACAAGAACACGAUGUAUCUUCUGGCUGAGCGACCAUGAUGCCUCAUCGAUACUGGAGGGUUGUGCUGGCGUGGCUCGAAUGUCACAUAAGAAGCAUGCUAUCGCAGCGCAGUUUUGGAAACACUGCGAAUUGUUUCCUGAAGCGCUUACCAUCGAUUGCAACACACUAGACGAGGCUAUGAACGUUUUGCUUCACGCGCACUGCGACCGUAUCUCCUCGGGCCCCUCUCUAACGAAGAUUGGAUCCGACACUAUGGACGUUUACCUGAGUAUCCUAGGUAAUCUGAAAGUACUAGGAAGGUCUAGCCAAUCUUCGCACGUUACUUCCACCGUCGGCCGCAUCAUGUAUACCAUCACCUCCGACCAUUUCCUAAAUCAUUACGGUCAACAAGAAGCACGACGUUGUUCGAGUCAUGCCUCUUCCGGCUGGCAUUAUGAACAAUCCCUCGGCAUGGCGCUUGGUUCAUGGCUACUUUUUCGCGCGCCGAACACGUACUACGUGAGAUACCUCCACAAGAUCUUCGCCGACGGAAUCUCCAGCAAGCAGACAUGGAACACGUUCAGCGCCAGGAUCAACUCUGAGCUGCAGGAAUUCAACUUGUUGGCAACCGUGUUGCUAAACGCGAACGUUGGCUUUCUCGCUAUCCAGUCGGUCGACAAUGGAGGCGGGCGAUCGAUGACGCAAAUUGCAAGCUACUGGUCACUUAUCGCGAGCAUCGGCUCUAUAGUUCUCGGUACAUUUCUCGUUCGUUAUCAUCAGGCGCUCAACCACGUCGAUGACGAGAUGACGUCUCGCGCGGCAAAGUUCUUAAGCCGUAUGAGCGCCGAGAAACAUGGACUGGAGAAGCUCGCUGUGAUAUACAGCCUUCCGUACGCUCUAUUGAUGUGGGGAAUCGUGCUCUUCCUUGGAGCGUUCUCAAUAGAGUGGUGUCAGCCUGGGGACAUUCGCUCGCGCUCAGCGAAUGCCGUCUUCCUUGGCAUUACGUUCGUCAUCGUCAUGUGGGGCAUCUGCGUGACCCAUCUUGCGGCAGCAGAUGACUCCGACUACCUCACUCGACUUUGUCUACGCUUGGCGCGCGUAUGCAGCCUCCGCGGUGGCUUCAAGAGCGCAGUAAAAUCAGAAUUGAAUAUAAGGUUCAGUUGGCCAACCACUGCUGCUGAUAGGGCAGUGGACAACGGAAGGUCAGUAUAG